CAGAAACACCGUAAAUUGUUCGUUUAAAUAUUUAUUGCAACUUAAGUAAAUAAAUAAAUAAAUAGUCCCGAGCAAUAUAAUUUAAUUGUUUAAAAAAAUAAAUUUGUUAUUUUUUUUAAACGGAAUUAUUGGUUUUCAUCAGUAACCACUUGUUGGAAAUUGUACUAGAGUUCAGAGAGCAAUGAAUCUCAUCACGUCAACAACUUUGAUCAUCUUGAGUAUACUCUCAGGAGAGAUUCUGGGCAUGCCUCCAGCCCAGUGCAAUCCGAGCUUUCUGGACGAGGUACCGCCGAAGAUUCGCAAGGUCUGCGUCGCGCUGUCCACCAUUUACGAACUUGGUGCGGCCAUGGAAAAUUACAUUGACGACAAAGCUCCAGUUUUACGUGAAAACGCACCGCUGAUAAACGGAGUCAAACGUCAAGACGUCGACCAUGUAUUUCUACGUUUUGGAAAACGACGCUAAGACUACUAACUAAAGGACUUGCAUUAGAUUUAACCGAACUUGUAAAGAAGAGUCUAAUCUAUAAAAAAAAUUUAUCAGCUGAAUAAUUAAUAAAAAAACUGGUGUUUUAUUUUUAUUUUAUCUGAGCUAACUAUCGUCAAAAAUCAAAAGUAAG